UUUACCUGCAGCGCAAUGCAGGAAAGAGCGUGUCAGAGAAGUAAAGUGCAUUCGGCUUAAAAUGGCGUUUUAGAAGACCCGAAUAACUUGCUUUUUUAAAAGCGAUGCGAAUGGAUGCAAGAGGUUUGCCGCGGGUCUAAGACUAAGUGUGUAGCGGAGCAGGCGCAGCGCCGGUUGUGUGUUUGUGUGGCUAGGGCGGAGGAGCCGCCGUGUUCUGCUCGGAUCGCUGCUGCUGGAACUGGAAGAGAGAGGGGAAGGAGAGGUUCUGGCAUUGCCGGAUGAGUUCCUAAGUACCCACAGCAGGCCGUACUACAUUCGCGAUGGAGGACACCGAUGUUGAGCAGGUGUCCCUCUCCCUGCUGGACGCUGCCAACGACCGAGACCCGCUGGUGCAGGAACAGGUCAGGAAGUCCAUCCUGACGCUGGGGAAACAGCAGCCUGACAAGAUCCUGUCUAUGUGCCAAGACUACCUGGUCAAACAUCCCAAGCUCACAACUAGCCAUAGAGUGGUUAUACUUCAAACGAUCGAACUAAUCGUGAAGUUCAAGCUCGACGAGAUCAACUACCAGAAAAUAAAGAAGAUUAUUUCCCUCGCUUCCGAUGAGAUGACUCGAUCCAAGGAUGUGAUUCCAGACUGGCAGCAAGCAGCUAGUGAUAUUUUGGUUGCUGUGGGCAACAAGCAUAUCAAUGACAUCAUGGAGGAAAUUCUCAGCAAGUUCCAGCCUGGGGUCCUUCCUCAUUUCUUUGUGGUCCAGACCCUGGCCAGCCUCUCUGAGUCUAAUGUGUACGGCAUGGUGCCGUUCCUCAGCGCCAUCCUGGGAACCAUGCUGCCCAUGCUCAGCAUAUCCAAGCAGGACAACAUGAAGUUUGUCUUCUCCUCUGCCCUGGCCCGUUUCAGCGAGAGUAUUAUGGAGUACUUGGCCAACCUGGACAAGGCCCCGGACCCUACAGUGCGCAAGGACACCUUCUCCAGCGAGAUCUACGCCGCCUAUGACAUCCUGUUCUCGAGCUGGCUGCAGAGCCGUGAGCCCAAGCUCCGUCUGACUGUGGCGGAGGCGCUGGGAUCCAUGAGUCACCUGAUGCCUCACGAUAAACUGGAAGAGCAGCUUCCGAAACUUAUUCCCACGACCGUCUCCCUGUACAAGAAGAACAACGAGCAUUACAUCAUCAGCAAGAGCUUGUGUCAGAUCCUGGAUGCCUCUGUGAACAUGGGCAGCCGUGUGCUGGAGACACAAACUGACAGCUUGCUCCUCACACUCCACCAGGAGGUGUGCGCGCCUGUCGACUACAGCAAUCCUCCAACUGUGAAGAACCACAACGAGGUGUUGAGAAUAUUCAGCGUUUUAGCCAACACGUUCCCCGACCGAUUGAUAGUGUUUGUCCUGCAGAAGCUUGAAAACAACAAUGAGCGCAACCGCAUGGGCUCUCUGGCUGUGCUCAGACACCUUAUCAACUCCAGCACUUCUAUGAUGGAGACAAAGAAGAGUCUAAUUCUUGCUAGCAUCAGGCAGCCGUUGCUUGACCAGAGCAAUAAGGUAAAGAAGAUGGUGGUUCAGGUGAUCAGUGCCAUGGCUCAUCACGGGUACCUGGAGUUAGAGGGAGGAGACCUUCUGGUGAAGUUCAUCGUCCAGCACUGUGCCCUCCAUGAUACGUACAACCGUGGUCGUCAUCCCUCGGACCCGGAAGAUGUCACUAACGAGGCCCUGCGGAGCAUGUGCGAGAACACGCUGCACCUCUUCACCACAACUGUGGGCCGCCUGACCGAUGUGCUGUGGCCUUCCCUGCUGUGCUACCUGACCCCAGCGCAGUACAGUAAUGCCACCACACCGCUGUGCAGGAGUCUCGUUCUCCUGGGCAACAAGAAGAAAUCUGCCCAGGAGCCCAGCUACGUAAUCAACUUCAGUGAAAAAGCCAGUCUUCCUUCACCAUAUGUCCUGAUGGUCAGGCUUUUGGUAAACGCUGCGUUCCCUUUCUGGGGGCGUGGCAGGGGAGCACCCUCCCUGCGCCUGCUGACCGUUUUGGCGCCCAGCAUCCAUCCCAACACACAGAAGGUGUGGGAGUCAGAGAUCCCUCCACUGCUGAGCUACCUGGAAGAAUCCACAGCGGAAACAUUAAACAGAAAGAGCUGGGAGGAAAGUCUGCUUGAGCUCUUGUCCAAAACCCUGGUUGCCAUCUCAGAUGACAAAUGGAGCUGUCAGCUGUCUGCAGAGUCAACACAAUACCUGCCCACCUACAACAGCUCCCUGGAGGAGAAGAGUUUUCUGUACAAGUGCAUCGGUGUGACCCUGCAGCAGUGCCGCAGUAAGGACGUGGUGAGGAAGCAGCUGCAGGAAGUUCUCAUUACAGCACGCCACAGCGACACCAUCGAGAGAACGGGAGUCGCAAUGGGAAUUGGCCUCUGUGCCAGCAGUCACCUCGAUGACACACUGGCCAAACUUGAAGACUUUGGCAAAUCGGAUGCUUUCAAGAAGGCCUCAGGAAUAUUUGGUCUCCUUAAAGACAAGAAUGACGUUGACAUCGAGAAGAUGAAGAGCACGCUGAUCCUGUGCUACGGGUACGUGGCCCUCAACGCCCCUGGUGACAAGAUCCUGGCCAGGAUUGACUCUGACAUCCUGAGGUGCAUCAGCAAACACUUCAACACCAAGGUUCUGGGAAUUAAAGUAGAGACCAAGGACCUGACCAUGAAGCUCAGCCUGAUCCAGAGUGUGGGCCUCAUCGCCAGGGCCAUCGGCACCUGCGUGACCAGACAGAGCUACCUAUUCUCCCGCAAGAUGGAGCUCCUGGGUGCCAUGCUGGACUUCGUAAAAGCGGAGCCUGCAGACACCAUACGGACUCCAGUGCGCCAUCUAGCAAUGGCCGCAUGUGCUGACCUGGUUAACCUAGACCCCGUGCUGACGGAGAACGAGAAUUUCGACAUGUUGCGCACCUGUCUAAACAGCGCGUACGGGCUGCCCCCCGCUGAGGUCGUGGAGGGGAACAAAGAGGACGAGGUGCUGGACCCGCAGCAGAGGGAGGCCCUGUACGUUGAUACCUUCAACGCGCUUCAUGAUUUGCUGAGAAACAUGUUGGCGAGAGAUUUGAGCCCAGAUGGUCUCCAGAGCAUAUUUAAGCACAUUGAGGGUUAUCUGAGCUCCAGGAUGGACCACGAGCGUGAGAGGGCCGUGAGCACAACAGCAGAGAUCCUCGACUUCUACUUGGAGAGACUCAAUGUGAAGAACAUGGUGACGUUCCACAACCUGGGCGCCCUGCUGGGACGUCUGUCCCCCCGCUGCACAGACUCCAGCCCCCUGGUCCGCAGGGCUGCUAUUGACUGCAUCUACACGCUGCUCUACAUCCAGCUGCGCUACGAUGGGUUUGCCUUGGACUACAAAGACGAGUCCGUGGAGAGCCUGAUCACCCUCCGUGAGAAGCUCAACAGCCCCGAUCCCACUGUGCUCUAUACGACCUGCUCCGGUCUCACAAAGAUAAUCAGCAAGCGCCUGCCGCAGCAGCAGCUCAUCACGCUGAUCUUCAUGUUGUUCGAGGGUCUGGUGGACCCCCAGGCCAACUGCUCCCGGGCCUCCAGCGUCAUGCUUAACACACUCCUUAAAAACAGGGGUGCAGGACUACAGGAUCUGGUCCCCGAGAUGCUGGAGGUUCUGCACAUCCGGCUGCAAGUGAUCUCUGAAGAGCAGGUGAAGGUGGCCGUCGCCCAGUCCGUCCUCAUCUUGGCUACGCAGCACCUGCAGACGGUGGUCAACACCCUCAUCGCUUACCCCCUGCCCUUUGACAGUUGGAGUUGUGAGAUGUGGAUUGCUCUGGGUGCUGACAGCACCCUGGCCUCCCAGAUCAUGGAGAUUAUGAUGGAGAAGCUGGCCGUCAUGGCCCCCUACGCAGACAAGAAGGAGUCGAUGCUGAGGCCGGGCAUGUCCAAAUUCGCCACCGGACCCCCUUUAGCUAUGACAUGUGCCUUACGAGAGAUCAUGCUGAAUGGCCAGAGUGCCGAUGCCGUGGUGGCCCUCUUCCCGAGACUCUUCAGCACCCUGCUGGUGCGCCUAGGGUCCAGCGUCGGUGUCCAGGUCCCCAAGGACAUCAACAGCAACAGCAUUGGCCCUGAGAGGAAGCAGUCAGGGAAGUUUCCCUCGUCCUUCGAUGUGUGUGGGGUGGCAGUGGAGGCGCUGCGGAUUCUGCUGGCCCGGGCGCAGCUGGAAGAAGUUUUGAAGCCCCUGGAUUCAGAGGGUGCAUGGGAAAAGAUGCAGGACCCCAAGAAACAUAUGGAUGGUGUCACUCUGCUGGCUAGGGCCAUGGCGAAGCACGCGGGCCCUCGCCUGCCAACCAUCGUGGAGAAUCUGUGCCCCUCUCUGAACAAUAUCUACGAGUGCCAGAGGAUCACUGUCAUUGCGUUCUUCUCGGAGCUACUCAACCACCACGUGGUGACAGAACUGAUGAUGAUGGACAUGCUGAUGAACAGUAUGAUGGAGCGCAUCUCGGACCAGUGCAGCACAGUGCGCAUGCUCGCCAUCCGGGGCCUGGGGAACAUCGCCGUGGGCUCUCCCGAGAAGGUGAACAAGUAUGCAAAGGAGCUACUGGCAGCCAUGAGUUCAGGAAUGGAGGAGAAAGAUGACCCCGGUAAGCGCAUCACCCUUGAGGCAAUGUCCGGCCUCUCCAAAGUCCUCCUUUACCUGGACAAGAAGAACGUGCAGCUCUUGGUGGUCUACAUCUUCAUGAAGAUCAAGCCCUUCCUGGAGAGUGAGAAUGAUGAGAUUCGCUGUACCUCCAUCAUGCUGCUGGGUAAUCUGUCCAAAUUUGGUUCCGGGGAACCCGUCUUUAAGGACCAGAUCCACAAUGUGCUGGUCAGCCUGCUUCUGCAUCUUAACGACCCCAGUCCACAGGUGGUCAAGGCCUCGAAGUAUGCCAUGCGGGUGUGCGCUCCAGUGGUGGGCUCGGAGCAGAUCGCCACUAUGUUCCAGAACCACCUACACGAGGACAAAGGCCUGCACUACGGCGAGUUCGUCAACGACCUCACCAAAUACAUUAUUCAAGACUUCCCCAGCAUGCUCAACUUCUACCACAUCACCGUCAUCCAGUUUUUCAAAAGCAACUGGGCUGAGGUGCGAGCUGGUGCAGCUAUGUUUAUAGGGUUUCUGCUGGGAAAUCUUCCAGAAGAGUAUUUUUCUCACUUGAACAUGGGGAGUAUAACAAAAGGUCUCGUCUUGCUGCUCCAGGAUCCCGAACCUCUGGUACGGGCCAAAGCUGCAGAAGCUAUGGGGCACUUCCACUGAUCUGCCCAGAUCCAUCUGUAGUUUCUUUUAAAAGACUCCGACAUCGUACUUGAAUUGCCCGUUGAAGAAUUUAGUGACCAAAGACUGUGUAGCUCUGUGUUCUAGUGAAUUCAGCCUCAUUCCAGCUCCUGCCGGCUCUGUAUAAAAGUAGGGACAUUUUACAGUUUCUCUGCAUUUUUUACACUAUCAAGGGAGGAUGAACGUCGGUGGUAAUAUUCGGUACUAUUCGCUCACAUUAGCCCGUUUGCUGUGUUUCUUCGAAGCUGCUCAAGCUCACACCACUACGAUCUGAUGACCACGUGUAAUUUUACCUCACUGUUGGUCAGGACUAUCAAACAAUUUCACCUCUCUCGAUGACAUAAACGGAGCCGCUUUCUGGGCGAUGUAGGGGGAACGGCAAUAAUCGGCAUGUGACAUACAGGAAUGGAGUUGUUAUGGGACUGUAUGGAGAAGUAGCCUCUACUCUCGGUUCGGCCGAGCGUCGGGUAGCUCAACCGCGACUGAGCCCCAAUGUCACACAGGUUGAUUAUUCACAAAGCCCUUCAAAAUGUAUUUUUUUUUUUGUGCUUCCAGGCAGAAAAUGUAGUCACAACGGGCAAUCUCGAGGAAAUGCUGCAUUCCUGAGUGCCAAAUUCUGCUAUAUAAAGUAGCUACGAAAUAAAAAAAAAAAAACAAAUGCAAUAUUCCCUUUUCACAUACUUCCUCUUCUCAUCCCGUCCCCAUCAAGUGUUGUUCUCCGCGACAGUCUUAUUUGUUUGACAGAAAUUUUUAGUGGAUAUUUGAAGUCCGUCCCUCUUAACGUUGCAAUGGGAACAAUUAAUCAACUUGAAUGACGUUACAGUGCGUUGCGCUACAUCGUAGCCUGACCUUUUCUUACAUGCAACGCAUUACACGGUCU